GGAGCAGCCAGCGCGGCGCAGCAAUGCGAGCCGGGCAGGCGCCCCGCGCACGGUGCCUUGGGCUGCGCCCCGCCGGCCCCAGGGCGUCCAGUCUGGCUCCCGCUGGCCAGCGCGCGGGAUGAGGAGCCCGUGCGCGGCGUUCCCCGGGGACUGAGCCUCCCUCCUGCUGCGCCAUGAAGCUCUACUGCAAGGUGGUGGCCAUCCUGCUGUGCCUGGGGGUCCUGCUGCUGCUCUAUCUCUUCGUGGGCAACGCGGACGAGCCGCCGCUGCAGGGGGCCGGAGAAACUCGCUUGCCGCUGCCCGUUUCCCCCGGACCGGGGGGCCGCGCCCACCCCCUCUUUGCACAUUUCCACCCCGUGCAGGGGGCGGCGGCGGCGGCGGCGGCUCAGAUUUCCAAGCGGGAGCCACGUCUCGGCAAAAACCCCGGCAAGCGGAGUCCUGCGAGAGGGAAGUUUGCAAACGUUCGACGACUUGGGGAACAGAAACACUUGAAAGAACUUCCAUCUCUGCAAUGGAUGCACCUGGCAGUUGUGGCGUGUGGUGACCGGCUGGAAGAGACUCUUAUCAUGCUGAAAUCAGCAGUUCUGUUUAGCUACAGGAAACUUAAGUUUCACAUCUUUGCUGAGGAUUCCCUGAAGCCUGAAUUUGAGAAAAAGUUAAAGGAAUGGCCUUCCUCUUACACCAAGAAGUUUGAAUACAAUGUCUACCCAAUUGCUUUUUCAGUAGGAAAUGCUCAGGAAUGGAAAAAAUUAUUCAAACCUUGUGCUGCCCAGCGCCUCUUUCUUCCGGUGAUUUUAAAGGAUGUGGAUUCUCUUCUCUAUGUGGACACUGAUGUUCUCUUCCUGAGGCCCAUUGACGACAUUUGGAGCUUUCUGAAAGAGUUCAACUCCACACAGUUGGCUGCUAUGGCCCCAGAGCACGAAAUACCAAAGAUUGGUUGGUAUAGUCGAUUUGCUCGCCACCCUUACUAUGGAACAACUGGAGUCAAUUCUGGAGUCAUGCUGAUGAAUUUAACCCGGAUAAGAAACACACCGUUCAAGAACAGCAUGAUACCAACAGGCUUGAUGUGGGAGGAAAUGUUGUACCCAUUAUACCAAAAGUACAAAAAUUACAUUACAUGGGGAGACCAGGACUUGCUAAAUAUUAUUUUUUACUUUAACCCAGAGAGUCUCUAUGUGUUUCCCUGUCAGUGGAAUUACCGGCCCGAUCACUGUAUGUAUGGGAGUAACUGUAAAGGCGCAGAAGAGGAAGGCAUAUCUGUUCUCCAUGGUAAUAGAGGCGUCUACCAUGAUGACAAGCAGCCUACUUUUAAGGCACUGUAUGAAGUGAUACGUGAUUUUCCCUUUGAAGACAAUCUCUUCCAGUCCUUGUACUACCCACUUCAGUCUAAGUUUCUGGAUACUGUACACACUUUAUGUGGGCGAGUUCCACAAGUUUUUCUGAAGCAGAUUGAGAAAACGAUGAAGAAGGUUUAUGAAAAUCGUGUCAUUGUUCAUGUGGGAGCCAACUACAGAUACUAAACAUAGCUAUACUUUAUAUGGUAAUUUUUUCAUCCUUGUAUCCAAAUCAUUUGAGGCAGAUAAAUUAAAGGGGCACCAUCAGUUUAAAAUUCAUGUUAACAAAAAUUGUCUAAAUUGGAACAAUUCAUCAAGUGUCAUGGUGGAUUUUCCAUUACUGACCACUUUUAAAUCAAGAUUGGGUGUUUUUCUGAAAGAUCUGCUCUAGGAAUUAUUUUGGAGAAGUUCUGUGGCCUGUGUAAUACAGGAGGUCUGACAAGAUUUUCACAGUUGUCCCUUCUGGCUUUGGAAUUCAUGAAUUUCCCUGUUUUUAUUAAUAACUCCUUAAAUGAUUAAAAUGGAAUUUUAAAAUCCAUUCAGACUGCCACUUCUUAUGCUCUUUGUUCACUUCCUGCAUUUCUCUCCCCUUGAGCAAGGAGAAUCAAUGGUUUGACUGUCCCUAGAAUGAGUUCGGUUUUAGUUCUGUCAUGUUUAAGUUUAAACACUUCAGGGGAAUGUGUUUAAAAACAGCUAUUUUAAUUGGAGGUGGUGUUCAGUUGUGGAAACAUCUGUAUUAUGUUUUAUAAAAAAAAAAAAAUUUUUUUUCAUCCCACAAGAUUUAAAUUUGCGUCUAGAUUUAAAUUGACAGCAUCACUGACUUGAAAAUAGAUGCUCAAACCAUUAUGACAGGCUUAGUUAAACAUGACUGUAUUAAAGGAAACCAUCUGCUUAGAAAUCACUGAAAUGUAUGUGUGGGGGAAGAGUCUGUUUGUUUACUUUGUGUAUUUGACAGCAUUUUGUGUCUAGUGAGUAUCAUUGUUCCCUGGCCUAUUUUCCCUGUUUUGUGUGGGCCUUUGACACAGCAACAGGAGGGAGACCCAUUAAAGCCACUAAGAAGAACAUAUGCACAAAUAUUGGGAGAGCGAUGUAGAGAUAAGUACAGGACUUGAAACUAGUGUUAACUCACUUGCUGAAAGUACCUAGAUUUCAAGUGUAUGUUUUAAAUUCCCCUCUGUGUGGGAACAUGGCUUUAGUCUUUUUUUCUUCCCAUUUUAAAUACAUUACCUUUUGUGUGGUUUUAAUUAUGUUAAAAACAGGCCAAGAACACUGUGAAUGAACUGGUACUAUUGAACUGUUUUCCCCAUUAACCUUCUUUAAUUACUACUUACUGCUUGGGAAUAAUUCCGUACCACUGAAAACCUUUCUUCCAGCACAGCGUUACUGAGAUUGCUGUCUGACUGCUUUUUCCAAUAUGCCAAAAAUCCACUUGUUCUUGGACAUAAAAAAAAAAAAAUUUUUUUUUAAAAAAUCUCCACAUCUCUGCUUGGCACUUUCAUCCCUUGAAGUUCAGCAUCUGUGCCAGGAUUUUAACUAAUGGUCUCAAAGUGAAAUGGGAUACAAGAUGGCUUUGAUGUUUGUUUUAUUUAAAAAUAUUUAAUUUAGGUUAGAUUUCAAAAGCGUGUUCACGUUGUAAGUAGUUAGACUGAAGGUUACAGACAGUGUUACACAGCUCAUUAAAACCCGCAAUAGUUAAAAGAUGCUCAGCAGAAGUUGUAGGAAACCUGAAACUUAGGAAAUUUUAAGACACUUUAAGUGAAAAUCUUGAGGGAUGUAUACCGUAGAAAGGUUAUAUUGUUCAGCAUGUGGAAGGCAGCUGAAUAGACAGCCUUACCUUACCUGUUCAGCAGAAAAAUCAGCCAUCACUUGGAACUGUCUUUUAUGUCUAGUAUGCAAGGUGUUGAGGGGAAACUAUUCUGUAAUGAAAAAGUUGCUAUCGGCUGCAUUAUAAUAUGCAUGUAAUCCCAGUGGCUUUCAAGGCAUACAUACUUACCUUGCAUGGCUGGUGAGUGCUAGGGGCAUGUCACGGUCAUUAGAGUCUAGAACAGGGGUGGGCAAACUUUUUGGCCUGAGGGCCACAUCGGGUUUCUGAAAUUUGUAUGGAGGGCCGGUUAGGGGAGACUGUGCCUCCCCAAACAGCUAGGUGUGGCACAGCCCCCGAUCCCCGCUUCCCGCCCCCUGACAGCCUCCCCAGGACUCCUGCCCCAUCCAACUCCCCCAUUCCCUGAUGGUGCCCCGGGACCUCUGCCCCAUCCACACUCCACGCCGCCCCAUCCAACCUCUCCUCUCAUUCCUGCCUGCCCCCCCAAACCCCUACCCCAUCCAACCACUUGUUCUCCCUGACCCCCCCCAGGACCCCUACCCCAUGCAACCACCCCUUCUCCCUGUCCCUUGACUGCCCCCUGCUGCCCCAUCCAACCCCUCCACUCAUUCCUGACUGCCCCCCCAGGACCCCUACCCAAUCCACCCCUCCUGCUCCCUGUCCCCUGACUGCCCCCAGAACCCCUGCCCCUAACUGCCCCCCCCGCUGUCCCAUCCAACCCCCCCACUCUUUCCUGACUGCUCCCCUGGGACCCCAGCCCCCAUUCAACCCCACGUUCCCUGCCCUCUGACCACCCCAACCUCUAUCCACACCCCUGACCACCCCCUGAACUCCCUGCCCCCUUACUGCGCUGUCUGGAGCACUGGUGGCUGGCGGCGUGGCUGCACCAGGACAGGCAGCCACGCUGUCUGGCUGGAGCCAGCCACGCACCGUGCAGCACAGAGCACCGGGUCCAGCCACAGCUCUAGAGUUGCGCUGCCCCAAGAGCUUGCAGCCCGGCCGCUGAGAGCAUGGCGCCAGUGGCCCAGUGAGCAUAGGCUGUGGGGAAGGGGGACAGCAGGGGUGGGGCCAGGGGCUCAGGGGCCAGGCAGGAGGAUCCCGCGGGCCAGAUGUGGCCCGUGGGCCAUAGUUUGCCGACCCCUGGUCUUGAAGUUCAAGACAGUCUGCAUUGCUGCCUUCACCACUCAUGAUUGAUGCACACAGUUUCAUGAAAAUCCUCUUAGUUGGGUGGCCUACGUGUGUCCCUCUUCUCCGGUAACAGCAGACUAGCUGUCUCUCUCUGCCUUAUCAGAACAGUUGACACUCAUGUGCCCAAAUGCAAUAGCUGGCUUAUGAGGAAGAGGAAGACAUGAGGUUUGCUGGCCGCUAAGGCUGUCAAACAGGCAGGCUGUACAGAGUGGUAAGUGCCUGUGGAAACCUUUUACAAAUGAAUGGGGUGUAAAAACACGUGACGCAUCCGUAGGCACACUGAGAGAAUGGCAUGGCAUGACAGACAGCAGCACUAGGGAAGCGUCCAAAUAGAGUGAAAUGGAAGAGCCCAAAAUACCAAACUUGAAGUCCUGGCCCCACUAAAGUCAGUGAUUUCACCCCAGGGUUGGACUAGUCUUCAUAAGAGACACAACAGACAAAAAACCAGUUCUUUGACACAAGGCCUAAUAGGAUCCUCACCCUCCCCCACCUACACAAUUUGCACAUUUCUGGCUCUCAUUCUCACAUUAUCUUAUGCUCUUACUAUGUAAGAGAUCAAAGUACCUUAACUAGCAAUGGACAGAAGCAGUCAUUCUGACUGGUCUUACAGCUGUCCCUCUUAACGGGGAGAGAGAGGCAUUUAAACCCAUAUAGUGCAGGCUUGAAAUAUUUAGCAUUUUUCUUCAAACCCCAACUCCUGGAGUCAGAUGAUUUCUUCAGAAUCUCAGUUUUCAUUUAAAAAGAAAUGUAAGUUUUUGCCUCUUGUGGUUGUGGAGAAGAGCUUAAAAAUGUGACCCGAGUGCAUCCUAACUACUUAAAAGCUAGAAAACAAAUAAAAAGAACCCAAAGUGCAUUGUUUUAAAAGCUUCAUGAUAUUUAAAAUGCUUUCAUGCUGUCUGGGAGCGUGAUUCAUGAUUUUUAAACAUUUUGGGGUUGGCAAUAGUAGACACUUAAAAAAAAAAAAAAUAGCUUGAUUUCCUAAACCAGAAUAAAGCAGACUGUCUGUAGGUCAUGUUUGGUUAGAUUAGACAUCCUCAGAGCAUUUCUAAAUUGCUCAUCUCUAUGGUAUCUACAAGCCACAGAAGUUUUGUAGAGAAAAAGUUGUCUUGCCCAGAAUUUGGAACUCUGCAUUUUAGAACAAUGCCUCUCAUAUACAUAUAUAGCAGAGUUGCUAACUCACAGACGCUUAGUAGGUUAUGAUUCAGUCCAUUAUGAUUCAGUAGAACUUGGAACCACGGGAACAUAUUUGUAAUGAAGGAAUCAAAUAAGAUACUAUAGUUAAUUACAGAAUAAAGGCAUUAUUACUUAUAAAGUUAUUGGAGAUUAAAACAGUGUUUACAGGAGGUGCUAUAUUUUUAUAAAGAACAAUAUUAUGUUAACUGUUGUAUAAGGUAUAUGAAGUAUACAUUUUAACGUGAAAAUAGCUUUCAGUGUAAUGUGAAGGCGAUUAUGCAGGAAAAUAUCUUUUUUUAUAUUGUUUUUCUGAAAAAAUUAAUUGAGCUGUAAUUUGAAAACUCCAAAGCCUUUUUUUAAAAGUUACAUAAUUUUUUCUCAUUCUGACUAGAAUUAUUAAUUUAUAUUUUACUACUGCUUCCAAAAAACAUUUGUCUUAAUUUCAACAGCAGUUGGUUUUAAUAUUAAGCUUACGUUAAUCACACUCCAUACGCAUCGCUAUUUACUUGUAAUUUAGCCUCAUUUAUUUUAACAAUGGAACUAUGUAAAUACUUACGUAGGAUUUAUAUAUAUAUAUUUUUUCCUCCCCUCAUAUGUACUAUUAUUGUAUUGGUAACUAAAAAAAAAAAAAAAAAAAACCACCCAACAAAACAGAGUGCCAUUUUUCAUGUACCACACUAAGCAAUGACACCGUAAAGUAUUAGCACUAAAAGAGGGAACACCAAAAUAUUUAUCUGUAGAUGAACCCAAAUUCAUUUUUUGGCACGUUGAGUGUUUGUAACCCAGAUUUCACAAAGAAGAAUUCAUCUGCUGCAUUCAGAACAGUGUGGUACCGUACAGCCUAAAGAACUGUGCCCUAGUUAUUUGAACACAGGCUGUGAUCCUGCAAAGACUUACGCAUAUGCUUAAACUUUUCACACUGUGAGUAGCCCCAUUGCAGUCAGUGGAACUACUCGGAGUGUAUAAAAUGAAGCAUGUGCCUAAGUGUUGGCAUGAUCGGGCUAUAACGCACAUUUCCAGGUUUUAAAUUUGCUGUGCUGUACUUGAACUUGCCAAAGUUAUACAAAUAAGGGUCUGACACUGAGCGGCGCUGAGCACCUCUUUUCAGCCCUAAGCCUUUUAAGGAAGUGUCGGAAUAAAAAUACACAUUAUACAAUGAGGAACUGCCAGUGGGGGAGGCAUUUGUUUGCACCAUUUUAUAAUGUGAGGGCUUUUUUGGCUAUUUGGCUGAACCUGGCAAAGUGAGCAAGAUAGCUUUGCUAUAGUUUCUGUUCUUUACAGGUGGAAACUGGAAACCAUUUUUUGUGUGUGUGUGUGUGUGUGUGUGUGUGUGUGUGUGUGUAAAUAAUUAUGAUCAAUUUCUGUAUCAUUUAAAUGCUUGUAUAGUUUUAUCUGACAAGUGCACCAAUUGUUUAUAGCUCCCAAGGAGGCAUCGCAGUGCAUUUCUAUGUUUAAGAUUCUUUGGCUUACAGUAUAAAUAAAUGAACUUUUAAGCAAA